AUGCUGGAACUUGAAACUGUGAAGGAUUUUUCAAACAAAUUUAUAAAGAGUGUCAAUAAAAUCCGGUUACUUGGUGAAUCUUUUCCAGACCAAAGGAUUAUUGAAAAGAUUCUUAUAUGUCUUCUAGAGAAAUAUGAAGCAAAUAUCUCAACUUUAGAGGAAACAAGAGACCUUACACAACUCACAGUUGCUGAAUUGAUCAAUGCCUUCCAAGCCACAGAACAAAGGAGGAGUUUUUGGCUACAAAGUGAACCAAGCUCAAGUGAAGCAACCCUUGCAGCAAAUAACAAAGGCAAAACAAUCCAGCAACCAAGGCCUUUUCAAAGGCAAAAUAAAGGCAAGGAGACCGCUAACCAAAGAGGGAACAAGAUGACCUAUGGUCCUUGCAUAAUAUUCAAGAAGCAAGGACGCAUGGCCAAGAUAUGCUGGUGGAGGUCGAAUGCUCAAUGCAAGGUUUCCAAGCAAUUCGAUCACAUGGACAAAGUUUACAAACAAAGAAACCAAAGGCAAGAAACAAUACAAGCUCAUGAACCCGAAGAAUUAAAUGGAAAGCAUGAGUAUACUUUUACAACAACUUGCAAUCUUGCAACCACAACCAAAGACAAAUGGAUUUUGGACAGUGAAUGCACAAAUCAUAUGUGCAACAACCGUGACUUGUUUGUCAAGUUCAACUCAAGAAUUGCAACAAAAAUUAAAGCAGCAAAUGGACAGAUCAUGGAGGCACAAGGAAAAGAAGAUUUGGUCAUUAAAAUACUAAAAGGUACAAUUAAAAUUACCAAUGUUUUAUAUGUACCAAAUAUGUCCAAAAAUUUACUUAGUGUGCCACAACUUAUGAAGAAAUGA